UUCGAUGACACUUGAAUCUCUUGAGUAGAACGGUGUGAAUUUUUGCUAGUAUUUUUGGAAAAAUAUUUACGAAUUGUCCGAAGUAAAUUCAAUUACAUGACGAAGUUCAUCCACGAUAUCGAAAUAUCCACGACUUGGCAUUCACAAUCGGGUCCGGCGUGUUUCUAUAAAAUGCACUUCUGCGAUAAUAAUUAUUUGUACUCUCACACCGUUAUUGCCUAACGUCUACUUCCAACAUUUAGCUAACCUAUUCUGACAACAAUUCACCAAAUACCAACAAAAUGUCAGAGAUUUUUCAACAGUUAGAAUCCAAUAAUAAGGAGGAGGUUGAGGCCAUCAAGCAAAAAAUACUAGAACAAUUUAUUAGCGUUCGAGAUUCUUGGUUGGUUAAUGGCUUGUAUGAUUAUUACCUAAGUACAAAUUCCGCCAACACGAUUGUUGUGUUGGUUAAUAUAAAAGAACCGCACCAUCAAUAUUUAUUUGAUAGAUUAAGUGACUCGAUUGCAAAAAGUUCAAAAACUGAUGUCAAAGUGCAAGCUCUUACGUUGUUAGGUCAUAUUGUUCGCAGCCAACCAACAUGGCUUUACAGACUGUCAGAACAUCAUCUUUUAAAAGAGUUGUUAAAAUUGUUAAAAGAGGAAGUCGAAAUUUUACCUCUGAUAAGUGCAUUACUUGUUUUGAUUGUUUUAAUUCCAAUGAUUCCAUACUCCAUGGGGGAACUAUUAAACCAUAUCUUUGAUAUUUUCAGUCGUCUGGCUUCUUGGAACUGUAAUCCUGGAAGAUUAGUAGAAGAACAGAUGAUCCAUAUGCAAGUAGCUUUGUAUGCUUUAUUUCUCAGACUUUAUGGCAUGUUUCCUUGUAACUUUUUGGCAUAUCUGAGAACACAGUACAAAGAUAAAAACAAAGCAGUAUUUAUUCACACUAUUAAGCCAAUGUUAGAAACAGUUAAAAUGAAUCCUUCUUUAGUUACAACAUCCAAAGAUAAUGAGACAACUAGCGAAAGAUGGAGAAGAAUGGCCGUCCAUGAUGUCAUUGUAGAGUGCGAGCGAUUUUCGCUAGAUGUCUCUGACACAUUUUGCGCUCACGAUUCUUGUCAACUAGCGUCAGGUUUUAGAUCCAGAUCUGGCACUGCCAAUUCUUCCAUUGAUGCGGUAUAUUUUCAGUCUUUGAAAAAUCUGGCAGCGUCAAUGUCUAACGACAAAGGAGAGUAUUUUACACCGAGUAUGGCUUUUAAUCCUAACACGCCACCUGUCGGAGGAGUUUCGAUACCAACUUACGUCCCUCAGCCGGAAUUUACACAUGAUGAAAAUGUUGUCCCACAAGCAGGGUCUUCUCCACCAGAAGCAGCAAUAGAAGCAACCCCAGAAACUACCCCAGUAAUUCAAGAAGAAACUCAGUAUGCUCUGAGAACUCAAGUGAAGUCGCUAACUUCUCCAUCGCAACCCCAGUCGCCUAUUCGCAAGGAAAAAUCGCCUUUUAAUUUCUCAGUAGAGCCUAGAUCGUCUACUUCGAGUUUCUACGGGGAUGCUAGACCGUCGACUUCGAAAGGUGAUUUUCAGAUGGUUUCUCUUUCAUUUGAUAAGUCUCCUGUUGCUAGUACAAAAUUAAAAUCGCUUUCUCCAACGAGUCCGCAAAAAAUUAGGGCGGAUAGAAGUCCUUUGAAGAGUAGUGGAUCUUCGGUGGAUCCAGACGACUAUGUGAAUGAGAAAAAGAGUGAACCUAGUCAGCCCGCCCUCAAACAGAGCGAUAGUGUAUUGCAUGAGAGUGAAGACUCAGCAAGUGAAAACAUAGAAGACGAUCGCAGCUCCCCCUGCACGGCCGGCGGCCUCCACAUGCCCAACUCAAAAUCCAUGAAAGACUUCACUCGCCGAGUCCAGCGUCUACGCCAUCACAGUCAGUGCACCGCCGAAUCAGACCCGCAAGAACUGCUAAGCGGCAGCAGCCCCGAAAUGGACAGCGCGAAAGUCCGUCGCGCGAACUCGUGUCCCGAGAUGAAGAAGAGCCCCGUUUCGUCGGUGAAAGACAACGUCAGCAGGACCAGCCGGACCCUGGACGAAACCGACGAAGAGUCGAACGUGGAGAGGGCGGAGAGCGCCGACCGAGCCGAAAGUGCCAUGUCCAACGGAGUAGAUGCCAUGUCCGACGCCAGCAGUCAAAAGCUUGCCAGUGUUGAAACCCAAACCGAGAAUUUUUGGCCGAUGCCUUACGAGCAUUUGUUCUUGGGGAUUUUCCCCACUUUGGGGGUAGAGGUUAAGUCUAGUCCGGGGCCUGGGACGUCGUCGGGGUCGCAGGAGAGGUAUAGUCAGCCUUCCAUUAAUGAAGUAUUAGAUAAGUAUGUAGAGACAGCUAUUCAGGAUAACGAUAAGGAUAAUAUUAAAGGACUUAAGAACCAACUUAAGCUUGUACAUCAGCAGCUUCUGUUUGAGCGACAUAGGAGAGAGAUACACGCGUUUAAGAAUAGACGGUUUUUGGCAGAUGCUAAGAAUACUCAAGUGUUGGAAGAGCACAACUCGGCUUUGAGAGAUCAAGUGCAGUUGCAGCAGGUUGAUAUAGAUGCGUUGAGACACCAGUUAGAGCGCAUUCAGAAAGAGAGGGAAGUAGAAAAUAGAAUGUUAGCGAAUACCGUUGCAAGUUUAGAAGAUAAGUGUAAAACGUUAGAGUGUCAAAAUAAAACUUUACAAGACUCUGAGGAAGAACGUCAAGAAAAUAUUGAAAAUUUGAAAAGCAAAUGCUUGUCGUUGUCGUUAGAAAAACAGAAAGUUGAAGGUAUGCUUGUAGAUGCUCUUGCUGAGGUCAAAUUUGCCAAAGAACAAGCUGCUGCGGGAGAUAAAGGUCGCGCCGAACUUGAAAAUGUGACCAAGCAACUUGUGCUAAUAGGAGAACUUCAAUUAAAAUAUAAAGAAAGACUGGAUGAACUGACGUCCCUUCGAAGAUCUGAUCAGGAAUUAGAGCUUUUGAAAGAAUCCUAUAACAAUGAAAUAAAGACUUUACACCAGCGUUACCGAGAAAAAGUGAGCAAACUAGAGGCUUGUAUAAACAAAAUCGGGGAAUUGGAGCAGAUAAUUCGUCAGAACGAGGAAACAAUAUCUUUGCAAAAACGCACCUUAAAUAGCAUAAACGACGAAACGGAAGAGAAAGUAAAGAUCCUCGAGAGCAAAUACCAAACGCAGCUGGCCAUUAGUCGUUCAUUCGAAGAAAAAAUUCUAGAAAUGUACAAACAAUUAGAAAUGUCUACUAGAAAACCGAUACGUUCUCCCGAUACGAGUAGCUGUCAAGAGGUUCAAGUUCCGAGUGAUAAAGUGAGCGGGGCUGCGGCCUUAAGCCAACGGUCGUCGCCAUUGUCGUGUUCUUUGACGUCGUCAGACGGCAGUCUAGCGUUAGUUCAGCCCGAUGCGCGCGAUGUCAAGGGUCUACAAGCUUUAGUAGAUGAAGAAUCUCCAGUGGAGGUGAAGCCAGAUACUCCCAAAGAUUCGGAAAACCAACCUUCAACUUCUGGCACAAAGAAAUGACUGAUUUUCGUCAUAAUGUUAAUUUAGCGAAUUGGUAUUUUGUAGCAACCACGAAAUUUGAAUUGUUAAGUUUGAGAUGUUGGAAGUCGUCGAAUUUUGUGGCUGGUACGAAAAAUGCGGUAACACGUUAAAUUGGAUUUGUUUGAUGUAUUUUUUUAAUGUAUUUAAAUAUUUUUGUCUAUACUGUAAUAAAUCUACUCUAUCUGA